UCAUAUUAGUAAGGUUUCUCUUAUUGUGUGUCUCUCUCUCGAUCUCGAUUUUCUCGCGUAUUUUUCUGAUUCGAUUAAAGUGUCGAUAGCAAUGUCUUGUGGAACUGUAAGAAAGGUUACACGGAAAGAUGUCAAAGUGGUUAAAGCUUCUAUGGAAAAGGAGGACAACCUUUAUAAAGACUGUGUAAAAGGUGGAGGAGGCGCUAGUGUAUAUAUCACUUGGCUAAUUGGUGAUAAGAGACCACUUCAUGAUGUGAUGGGAUUCAAAAAGGAGGUAAAUGAUAUGAAAAUCGACAUUGCGCUUCAAUGGUAUAUAGAUGUAUAUUCAGACACAGUGUUGGGAUAUGCCAAUGGCAUCCACACCGUUGAUGGCGGAACACACAUUGAUGGUGCGAAAGCUUCAAUAACAAGAACUAUCAACACCCUUGGUAAAAAGAAGAAGUAUGUCAAGGACUUAGACUUAAGUGGGGAGCAUAUUAGGGAAGGCUUGACUUGCAUUGUCGCAGUUGUUGUUACAAAGCCUGAGUUUGUAGGUCAAACUAAGAAGAAAUUAGGAAACCCAAAAAUCAGGGAAAUUGUUGACACAUCAGUCCAAGAGUACCUAACGGAGUAUUUUGAAUUGCAUCCAGAUGUAUUUGAGAGCAUUUACACCAAAUCCUUUAAGGCUUACCAGAAAGCUUUGGCUUUGAAGAGGGCAAGGAAAGUGAUUUCAACGCCGCGCACCGUUCCUCAGAAUCAGACCAAAAGAUCUUCUGGAAAAUUUGAAAUAUUUAUACCCAUAGGAGAAUCUUCUGUUGGCGCUGCUAAACAUGGUGAUAAUGACAGGCGUUUCCAGAGCAAAAGGACACUGGAACAGCCUCUGAGUAAUGGUGCAGCAGUCUCUACAGCUCCUCCUGGAAGAUCGUUAGAGAAUACUAUUGAUUCAAGGGUUGACAAGAAACGCCAAAAAGUUGUUCCAUCCUCACAACAUCCCUCCUCUUCUUCACGACAAACUGUUGCUGCUGCUUCAAAGCGACCAAACCGUAAAGAUGUUGGCGCCAAGACCCUCAAAGGUGUAUCCACUGGCUCUAGCAAAACCAAACCAGUCAUCCCUGUCGGUCCUGGUUUCCAGGCUGAAAUUCCUAUUUGGAUUGCCCCUACCAAGAAGGGGAAGUUUUACGGUAGUCCCGGAGAUUCCGACACUCUUAGGUGGAUUGGAACGGCUGUUUGGCCAACAUAUAGCCUAAAGAAGAAAGAUCACCACAAAAAAGUCGGCGAAGGGAGAUCAAACUCUUGCACUUGUGCUACUCCAGGAUCAGUCGAUUGCGCGAAGCUACACAUUAAAGAAGCAAGGGAGCUUCUAGAAAAGGAAACUGACGGUGCUUUCUAUACUUGGAAGUUUGAUGAAAUGGGUGAGGUGGGAUCAAAAUCAUGGACGGCCAAGGAAGAGCAAAAGUUUGAAUCUCUUGUGAAAAAAAAUCCUUUGUCUAGUUGUGAUGGGUUUUGGAAGUAUGCUUCAAAGGCUUUGCCAAGGAGAAGUGAGAAGGAUCUCAUUGGUUACUACUAUAAUGUUUUCCUCAACCACCGUAAUACCGAUGAUGACCACUAUGGUGACUUCUUAGCGGAUCACAGACAUGCGAGGAGGCGAAGAGGAGCAAUCACGUCCAUGCACUACGAAAACUUUUUUUUUGCAUGUAAGCACUACGAAAACUUAAGAAUCGAUGAAACUGCUAUUGAGGCUGCAAAAGCGAGGUGAGGCUUGGUGGAGCGUCUUCAUUUGUGCAAACGCCUAGCUCACCUCUUCUAGGCCUCGCAUAGGCACACACGACUGCUAAAAUACAAUCUUAAUUAGAUCCACCUGAAUUGAAAUCAAAACUAAACCAAACCAUCCCUAAUGCGUUUGAUAUUAUAUUAAUAUUAUAAUUUAUUAAAAAAUAUAUAUAUAUUAUAAUUUAUUUAGAUGUUUGCGUCAGGUAUGAGAUAAAUAAUUUUCUUGUCCCAUAUUUAAUUAUUAGUGUUUUAAGUAAAAUUAAGCUGUGUUAUAAAUAUUAUUCUUUUUAAAUGUGAUUGUAAGUUAUUUUAAAUAAAAAUAUUAUAAUUAUUAACAAGGUUUAAAUUUCUUUUACUAAUAUAGAUUAUUUUGUAGUUUUAGAUUUAAAUUUAAACUAGAUACUGACCCGCCCUUUUAAAAAGCGGAUAUUCUAUCUAUUAAAAUGUCAUUUUUCAAUUUUAAUAUUAUUUCUAAUUAGAUGUGUUUCAAUAUUUUAUUAUCUAAUAUGGUUUUAUUUUUAUAAAUUGUAAUUCUAAUUAGUGCGAGUAUGUGUUUGAAUAGUUUAUUAUCUAAUAUGGUUUUUAUUUUUAUAAAUUGUAAUGUAAUUUAUUUGUUAUUAGUUAAAUUGUGUUUACACAUAUAGGACUGCAAAUCCGUUGUUUGUUUAAUUCUUAAAUAUAUCACAUAUAUUAAUUUGUUUAUUUCUUAAAUGUAUAAUCUCAAUAAAAAUAAAACAGGUUUUUUAUGAUUUUAAGUAUAGAUAUUUUACACAAAUUGGCAUAAUGGGUUAAUAUAUUUGUUUAUCUCUUAAAUGUAUAAUUCCUGUAUAAAAAAUAAAACAAUCUUUUUUAAUGAUUUUCACUAAAUAUAUUUUAACCAAAAUAGUCUAAUGGGUUAACAAUGGUUCAAUUUGGAUCUAUCCAAUGGGCUUUAAAUUUCUGUAGAUCAUUAAAGAUAUUAAAAAAAGUUAUGGUAUGUUUUGUAAUUUUUAAAAAAAUUCAGGGGCAUAAUCAUAAGAAGGAUUCUGCUUUAAUAGUAUAGAUGAUAGACAAAAAUUUUUGUUGAUUCUUAGUAAUUUGGAAUAGUUACUAUAUUAUCACUAAUUUCUUUUUAUUUAUCUAUACUAUAUUAAUGCAUAAAUAUAUAUAUAUAUAUGUAUAUUAAUAUUUCAACAAAAAGAAAACAAAAAAAAAUCACGUACAUACAUACAUUGCUUAAGGAAACCAAGAAAAUGUGGUUUUUAGUUUUUGCUAAGAAGUAGGUAGUUGUUUCAAAAUCUGGUUUCCCAAAAUUUUAUGACUUUUAUGAUACUGGAUUUUCUUUGAAUGUUGAGCCGCUUUAUUGGGCAAGCAUAAACCCAGUAUCAAUCUGGUUUGUUUGAUUUUUGGUCGAUCGUAUACCAACUUAGAAAAUUUGAUAACACUUAAGUUACUGAUAUAUGGUAAUAAUCUUCUUUCAAUGCAUACAAGCACCACCCAGAGUAUAGGAAGUUAAGAUUAAACUACUAUAUAGUCCCUGCAAUCUCUCUCGGUGAUAAUAUUAAAAGCCACUAAUAGAUACACAAGGAAGCUUAACACACUGUAGUAGUGUUCUUUUUUUUCCUUAGAAACACAUUU